AUGAAAGAUUUAAACAAUCCAUCUACUAAAAUUUCAAUGUCAAAAUCGAAAGAAUAUUUAAUCCAUUAUCAAUUAUUAAUAUGGAAAAAUUUUCUACUUCGUAAACGACGUCCUGGUUUACUUAUAGCGGAAAUUUUAGUUCCUUUAAUGAUUCCCAUAAUUUUAGUUGGGAUACGAACUGAAUCACCACCAGUUCAUGAGAACACAUGUCAUAUACGUUCAACAAAUCUUCCAACAAUGGGAUUAUUAAGUUAUUUACAGUCAAUUGUUUGCAAUUUUCUUUAUCGUUGUCAUUCUAUUGAUCCUGAUAUUAGUUCACAACAGUAUAAUUAUACUAGUUUUGGUAAUUUACUAGAAAAUAUCUCAGCUAUUGUUGAAGAAUUGUUGGAUAAAAAUGUAACAAAUAAUUUUCAACAUUUAAAUCUAUCAAAUUUUAUAAAAUUUAUUAAAAACUCCAACGAUCUAACACAACAACGAUUCAUUAAUGUGAUAUUAAAUUUCCAACGAAUUUAUCAAGAUUUAUUUGAUGAAUUCACUUCAAAUGAUCAAACUACAAGUGAAACUGGCGAAAAUUCAAAUCAUUUACACAAUAAAACAAUUGAUUUUGGUAUAUUCAAUAUAACUGUAAAACAAAUUCAAUGGUUUUCUAGUUUAUCACGAUUUAUUUGUGGUACAAAAACUGCGAAUUUAAAUGAUAUUGGUAAAUUGAUAGAAUUUUUAAAAGAAGUUGAUUUUUCCAAUAUUUUUGAUAUUGAAAAAAAAUUAAAACGAAUACGUCGUUCAUCAUCAUCAUUGUUAGCAACAUUGAAUAAUAGUGAAUCUAUUGAAAAUGUCUAUAAAAUUAAUUGUCUGGCAUUAGAUAGUCUAUUGCGUCAUUCAUUGUUGGUACAUUAUACUGGACGUUUAAGAUUUCUAUUGAAUGGUUAUAUAUUUUAUCAUCCUGUCAAUCAAUGGACUAAUGAAAUUAUCUAUAGAGCUAUAGAACCACAACGGCUAUUAAUUUUACUCAAAGAUACAUUGAAACAAUAUCAAGCUCAAACAAAACCUCAUUUAGAUCGUUGGCUAUCAAACACCUCCGUAUUAGUAGAAGUGACAAAAAGUUUAAAACUAUGUGCAACACCAACAAAUAAAACAAAAGCAUUACCUGAAAAGAUUCGAAAUCUAUGUUUAAAUAUUUUAACUUGGUUAAAUCCUGAAUAUAAUAUGAAUAGUCAGUUGAAUCAAACGGAUUCUUUGUCGGCAAAUAAACUAAUUAUUUAUAAUCGAAUUAAUAGUAUCAUUGAUAUCCUAAUUCAAUUGUUAGAUUGUUUCCCAUUAGCCGCUAAUGUUUACGGUGUAAACAAUCAAUCGAAUUUUCAUUUUUACAUGAAUUUAUUCAAAUCACAAAUUCAUCCAAUUGUUCAAGGAAUACUUUUUAAUAAUACCCAAUCUUUAUCAAAUAAUAACGAUGUUAACAAUAAUGAUACAUUUAGCUUACAACAAGGUCAAUCCACUAUUGUGACAAUACGUCAAAGUCCAUAUUUGAUUGAUGAAACUAAUGAUUUCAAAGUGUUAGAUCAUACAUGGCAUCCAAAACCACGUAAUAGUUUAUAUGGUGGUGAUACAAAAUAUCUUACAAGUGGUUAUUUAGAUAUGCAAGAUUUAAUCAGUAAUGCAAUAAUUGAAUUAUCAAAUAAUCUCCCAGAACGUAUGAUACGUUUAAUGCACUCGUGGAAUACUUCAUCAUCAACAUCCUCAUCAUCAUCUCCAUCCUCAUCCUCACCAUCAACCUCAUUGGCCAAUUUACUGCUAAUUGGUAAACAAAUGAAAUUUUUUCCAACUUCCUGUUAUACACAAGAUGUAUUUUUAAAUAAAAUUACCAAAUUAUUACCACAAUUAUUAUUAUUGACAUGGAUAUUGAGUGCAAUGUUAAUUACAAAAUUUAUUGUUGAAGAAAAAGAAAAUUCUAUGAAAGAAUUUACUAGAAUUAUGGGUAUCACCAAUGUAAUACAUUGGUUAAGUUGGUUUACUAGUAUUCUACUGAUUGGUUUACCAAUCACUUUAAUCAUGACAUUUACAUUAAAAUUUGGAAAUAUUUUUCUAUUAAGUAAUGUACUCAUUAUUUUUUUAUUAUUUUUUUCAUAUUUAAUAUCAAUUAUAAUGUUUUGUUUUCUAUGUUCAACCUUAUUUCAUAAAGCAAAUUUAAGUGCUAUUGUAACAGGAUUAUUGUAUUUCAUUAUUUAUAUACCAACACCAUUAAUUUUGGCUAAUGAAAAAUGGAUUCGUGAAGAUGUGAUUAUUUUUGCAUGUUUAUCAAAUCAAGUAGCAUUUUGUUUAGGUCUUUAUGCAUUGAUACGCUCGGAAUCACAAGGUUUCGGUUCACAAUGGUAUGAUUUAUGGUAUCCAAAGCUGAGUGAUUCAUUAUUUUCACCUGGUAAAAGUAUUCUUAUGCUAUGGAUUGAUUCAUUGAUAUAUUUAUGUAUGACAUUAUUGAUAGAAUGGAUUAUUUCAAAAAAAUUUAAUCUACAUCAAUUGAUUUAUGAACGAUUCAAGUGUCAACGUACAAAACCAAAAGAGGCCAGCAACAGUUUUACCUCUGACGAAGCUGGAAAUGUUCAACGAUGCGUAGAAUUGAAUACAGAAUGUUUACCAAUUAGUAUUUCUGUAGAGAAUUUGAGUAAAAUUUACACAAAAGGAGGUAAACCAGUAUUGAAUCAAUUAAAUGUGAAUUUCUAUGCCAAUCAAAUUACAUCACUUCUAGGUCAUAAUGGAGCUGGGAAAUCCACACUGAUCUCAAUUCUAACUGGAAUGCAUAAACCAACUAAAGGUUCAGCAUUUAUAUGUGGUUAUAAUAUUGAAAAUCAAAUGAAUACAAUACGUACUAAUUUAGGCUUUUGUCCACAACAUAAUAUACUCUUUGAUUAUCUCACUGUAAUUGAACAUAUUGAAUUUUAUGCUAAAUUAAAAGGUUUCACUAAAGAACAAAUCAAACGAGAAGUGGAAUAUUUCAGUAAACUUUUAGGUUUAACACAUAAAUUGAAUGAUCAAGUGAAAAAUUUAUCCGGAGGACAAAAACGUAAAUUAUCCAUUGCUAUCGCGUUUGUUGGUCGUGCUUCUGUGAUUUUAUUAGAUGAACCAACUACCGGUGUCGACCCUUAUUCCAGACGAUCAAUAUGGGAUUUAAUUUUAAAAGUUAAAUUAAAUAAAACAAUCAUUAUCACAACACAUCAUAUGGAUGAAGCUGAUAUACUUGGUGAUCGUAUAGCGAUUAUUUCACAAGGAAAAUUAAAAUGUUACGGUUCUAGUUUAUUUUUAAAAUCAAAUUAUGGUCAAGGUUAUUAUUUGAUUUUAGAACGUCAAAAUCAAUUGAGCGAUGAAAAUUCUUUAGAAAGUUUUCGUACUGACACUUUGGAAGAGGAAGAUUUUGAAUAUAUUAUGAAUUAUUUAAAACAAUUUAUUCAAGGCAUCAGUUUGAUUAAUUUUAGUCAAAAUGAAUUAGUUUAUCGUAUACCAUUACAAAAUGUUAUUGAUGGUUCUUUAAGUCAAAUGUUAAAUCAAUUUGAAAGACAAUCAUCUGAUACGGAUAAAAUUACACUACCCAUUGAAUUAUCAUCACGAGGUAUACUAAGCUGUGGAUUAACUGAUACAUCAUUAGAAGAAAUAUUUCUCACUAUGGCUGAUGAUCCUGCCACAUUGUCAUCCAUAUCAUUGGAUUCAUUUUCUCCAAGUUGUGAUCAAAGCACAAUAACCAAUCAAAAUGACAUGAAUUCAUGUGAAACAAAUGAAAAUAAAAACUAUACAUCAUCAAUAACUGAAAUCCCUAAAAAAUCUAAAAAGUUUACUUAUAUCAAACUACGUAAAUCACAAAUGAAUUGUUUACAACAAAGUUAUCGUUUAUCACAUUUAACAGAUGGUGGUCGAAUUCCUGCCCCAUCAACAUCAUUCAGUGUAAAUCGUAAACAUUAUUUCCGAACGACAACUACAAUGCCAAAAUCCAAUGAAUCUCAUUCUAAUGUAAAAUCACCUGAAAAUAUUCAAUUAAAUCAACCAAAACCAGGACAACAAAUGAAAGCAGUAUUUAUUAAACGAUUUCAUUAUACAAAACGUUCUAAAUUAAAUAUAUUUAUUGAAUUUAUUUUACCAAUAUGUGUAUUAAUUUUAGCUUUAUCCUCUUCACAAUUAUUUAAUAAAACAUCAUUUUAUCAACCAAUGAUUAUAAGUCCAUGGUUAAUGUUAGAUGAAAAAAUUGAACAACCAUUGAAUACAUUUUAUGAAAAUAAUUUAUAUGAAUUUGAAGAUCCAAUGGAAAAUUUACUGAAUAAAUCAAAUCUAUUCAAAUCUGCAUUAAAUAUAGCUUGGGAAUAUGAGAGUGCGCUGAAGAAACCUUAUGGAUGGACUGGUAUUGGUUGUUUACCUAAAGAGAUAUUAAAAAGCACAAAUAAACAUUAUAAAUUAUUUGGUCAAUGUGAUUUAUCAAAUAUGAAAAUAAUUAAAAAUGAAUUAACUCGUUCAGAAAUGCAAUAUAUUCGUUCAAUUCAGUCGACUCAAUGUACUUGUAAAUCGUCCUCUUCCUCAUCACCAUCAUCAUCUUCAUGUUCAAUGGAUAGUUUUACUCAGUUUAAACAACAACCAAGUUCAAAAAUAUUGCCAACAAAAGAUAUUUUUUCAAAUUUAACAUCAUUUAAAGUAUCUGAUUAUUUAGUUAGAACACAAAAUCAAUUUAUUCGACAAAGAUAUGGUGGACUGAGUUAUCAUACACUCAACUAUCCAUAUUUUCGUACUAUUUCAAAAUAUCUCUUACAUCCAAUUAAUCCAUUGAUAGUUUCUUUAACGAAUGCCACCAGUUCAUAUGAUUCCACAGUUAAUCUUACUAAAAAAGAUACUUUCUGGUCAGAUUUAGUGACUUUUUUACGUCUUUCCCUACCACCAAUCUCAUAUUUUCGUAUAUGGUUUAAUAAUAAAGGUUAUGCAGCUGCGCCGGCCUAUUUAAAUUCAUUACAUAAUUUACAAGCACGUAUGUUAACUAAUCAUCAAAUUGGUUUAACAGAAAGAAAUUUAUCACCAAGCAUUAUAUUUAUCAAUCAUCCAUUAUCAAUACCAAAAGAACAAAAAAAAUUAGGUUUACCAGCUGAAUUAUUAUUUGAUUUAACAUUAUCAUUAUUCACUUUGUUGAGUUUAUCAUUUAUUCCAGCUAGUUUUACAUCAUUUCUAGUGAAAGAACAUCAAACUGGAUCGAAACAUUUACAAUUUGUUUCAGGUUUAAAUCCAUUCAUUUAUUGGUUAUCAGCUUAUUUAUGGGAUAUAUUAAAUUAUACUGUAUGUGCUUUUAUGUGUAUUCUUAUAUUUGUAAUUUUUCAAAAAUCCGCCUAUAUUAAUUCCGAUGUGAUUGGUUCAUUGAUUUUACUGAUCAUAUUUUAUGGUUUAGCUAUUAUACCAAUGCUUUAUUUAGCAACAUUUUUUAUACAUUCAUCUAGUACAGCAUUAGUAAUAUUGUCAAUAUUUAAUUUAUUAAUUGGUUCUAUUACAUGUAUGUGUACAUUGAUAUUGGAUGAUUUUUCACGUAAUAAUUCAUCACUAGAGCUGAUUAAUAAUGCAUUAAAAAUUCUAUUCACUAUAUUUCCACAAUAUUGUUUAAGUCGUGGACUAUUUGAUUUAGCUAGUAGAUAUUAUACAAUGAAAUUUAUACGACAAAUAACAAUGAAUAUUAAACAGUCACCAAUUACAUCGAAGACUAUCAUUACUGAUCCAUUUGAUUGGAAUAUUCUUGGUAAUAAACUAUGCGCAUUACCAAUUGAAGCAUGUUUAUUUUUUAUGCUUGUUCUGCUGAAAGAACAUAAUUUUUUUAUUCAGUCGAUAAAAUUUUAUUUUUAUAAACAUUAUCCAAAAUUAUUACAAGCGCAUAAUAUGUUAUUUAUGAAAAAACUUGCUCGAAUUCAAUCACUUAAUCAUUAUUAUCAUCAGAAUAAAAUAAUGAUUGAUAAUAAUGAUUCUGAAGAUGAAGAUGUACGUGCUGAAAGACAACGUAUUACAAAAGCUGACGAAUUAGGUCUUAUCAACUCUUUAUGUUCAGUUGCAGUGAUUAAUUUAACGAAAUUUUUUCCUCUCAAAAAGAAACCAUCUGUCAAUAGUUUAACAUUUGCAGUUCGUCCAGGAGAAUGUUUUGGUUUGCUUGGGGUAAAUGGUGCAGGUAAAACGACCACAUUCAAUAUGAUCACUGGGAAAUUACAUCCAUCGAUGGGAACUGUCUAUGUGAAUGGGUUUAAUGUUGUUACACAAACUAAGAAUGCACAUAAAAAUCUUGGAUAUUGUCCACAAUUUGAUGCUGUUCACGAUCUAUUGACUGGUAGAGAAACAUUAAGUUUAUAUGCUCGUUUACGUGGCUUUCCUGAAGAACAAAUUCCAAUAACUGUUUCUGAAUUGUUACAAAAUAUGGGCUUAUCACCAUAUGCAGAUCGAAUUGCAUCGGCUUAUUCCGGUGGUAACCGGCGUAAACUAUCCACAGCAAUUGCAAUCAUUGGAAAACCACAGGUUAUUUUACUAGAUGAACCAACUAGUGGAAUGGAUCCAGUUGGAAAACGUUUUAUGUGGGAUCAAAUUAUAGCACUCGUUAAAGAAGGUCGAUCUGUUAUACUUACAACUCAUAGUAUGGAAGAAUGUGAAGCUUUAUGCCAACAAAUUGGAAUUAUGAUUAAUGGAAAGUUGAAAUGUUUCGGUAGUUCACAACAUUUGAAAAAUCGUUUCGGUAAUGGUUAUCGAGUUGAAAUACGUUUAAAUCAUUUAACUACAGAUGAUGAAGUGAAUAAAUUGAAAAUUGAAUUUCAUGCUAAAUUUCCCAAUUCAACAUUGAAUGAAUUACAAUCACGAUAUUAUGAAUAUCAAAUGGAUAAACAAGUUCAACUCUCGGCGUUAUUUACAUUUUUAAAUGAAAUGCAAGCUAAUCAUGCAAUUGAAUAUUAUUCAGUGAAACAAACAACAUUAGAUCAAGUAUUUGUGAAUUUUUCAAGGAAUCAAAUGAAUGAAACAGAAAACGGUGAUAAUAUUCAACUAACUAAUUAG